CUAUCAUCCAGCCCUAAACCGGGAAGGGCUUAUUGUUAACCGGAGACGGCAAGAUGGCGUCGCUUGAUCGAGUGAAGGUACUCGUUUUGGGGGACUCAGGUGUUGGGAAAUCUUCACUUGUUCAUCUUUUGUGUCAAAAUCAGGUGUUGGGAAAUCCAUCCUGGACCGUGGGCUGCUCAGUGGAUGUUCGAGUUCAUGACUAUAAGGAAGGAACACCAGAAGAAAAGACCUUCUAUAUUGAACUGUGGGAUGUUGGAGGGUCAGUGGGCGGUGCCAGCAGUGUGAAAAGCACACGAGCAGUGUUCUUCAACUCUGUAAAUGGCAUUAUUCUAGUCCAUGACUUAACAAAUAAGAAGUCAUCUCAGAAUUUGUAUCGUUGGUCAUUGGAAGCUGUCAACAGGGAUUUGGUUCCAAGUGGAGUCUUAGUUACCAAUGGGGAUUAUGAUCGAGAACAGUUUGCUGAUAAUCAAAUCCCCCUGUUGGUAAUAGGAACCAAACUGGACCAAAUUCAUGAAACUAAGCGUAAUGAAGUUCUAACUAGAAUUGCUUUCUUGGCUGAAGAUUUCAAUGCAGAAGAGAUUAAUUUGGACUGUACAAAUCCCCGGUACCUUGCCGCAGGAUCUUCCAAUGCUGUCAAGCUGAGUAGAUUUUUUGAUAAGGUUAUAGAGAAGAGAUACUUUAUUCGAGAUGGUAACCAGAUCCCUGGCUUUCCUGAACGAAAAAGAUUUGGUGGGGGAACACUAAAAAACCUUCAUUACGACUGAAAUAUGUUCAUCCUUUUAAAGAAUGAACAGGAAGGAACAGAUUUUCUCUUCCUGAUGAACUCCAGAGGCAAUAUGUUGACUUUCAGAAUGUCCUGUCUUUUAUGCAUCUAUCUUAAAAAUUCUAUUCUUCCCUCACUAAUGGAAAAAUAAAGGAAAAUGAUAAUAGGAAUCAUUUGUGCAUAUAUAGAGCUCUUUCUUCUUUCUCUGUCAUUGACUACUGUGAAUUGUAUAGUCAUGUGGAAAUAAAGGAUACGAUAAAGCAUCAAA